AUGUCCUCCCCAGCUCAAGAAGUCGACCGCUCCGCUCCAACGCCCCUCGGCACGCCCUCCUCGUUCCUGCAAACGGUCGUCGGCAACCGCGUUCUCGUCCGACUCAACUCGGGCGUUUCCUACCACGGGAUCCUCAAUUGUUUGGACGGCUACAUGAACAUCGCGCUGGAGAAUACGGAGGAAUGGGUAGGGGGGAGGAAGACGAACGAGUUUGGGGAUGCUUUCGUUAGAGGGAAUAAUGGUAGGUUCAGCUCCUUCCUUCUUCUGCUGCUGCUGCUGCUGCUGCUGCUGCUGCUGCUGCUGCUUUUGGAGGCGUGUGCGGUGUGCGAGUGCGGUGUUGAUUGUAUUGGGUUGGUGUGGCGCAGUGCUGUAUAUUUCAAAGAUGGAUUAAGCGGGGCGAACCCAGGACGAGCAUCCGUACCGAGAGUGAUGGCGACGAGGACGACGAAGUGGCACGGCGACACGACGUACUGCCAACACUCGAGGCGUGAUCCAAGUACAGGGAAUUAA